AUGCUAUUCGCGCAGUUCGCGAUUGAACAUCCUCAUAUCCUACUUCUUGAUUUGUUCUAUUGUCACUCGUUUUCUGACAAUCUCUUCAUCAACGACGAGACAGAUGAGCAGACGAACCAUUUGGAUAUCGAUGCGCUCGCGAUCAAGAACUUUGAACGUAACGUGGUGAUCGUGUCACACGUCUUCCGUUUGCUCAUCCAAGUUGCUGAGGAGCUUUGGGAAGUAGCUGACAAGACGUGUAUGAAGCACAGUACAGUUUCACUCUCCCCUGAUCUAGUCGUGAUGGUCCAUCGCCUGCUCGAGGGUCUCUCCUUGUACACUGUCGUUCUUGUCCUCUCCCCAGUCAUUUUGAUCGUAUCGACAUCUAUCAGUCAUACGAUUGCAAGCGUGCUACUGGUUCCCAUCGCGAAAGAGGUUGGAGAAAGCCUACCCAGCGACCAUGCAUAUCUGCUCAUUUUUAUGACUGGUCUUCUUUGCUCUGUUGGAAUGGGUAUGCCUGUUUCUGGGUUUCCUAAUCAAACUGCGACAACUCGAACAGUGCAGCUUUCCAUCACGAGCUCUCAAAAUAUUAUUCGAAUGGAUGGUGGGCGGCCACUACUAUGUGUAGAUGCGGUGGUCGAAGGGACAUCCGCCCCUGCUUAUCGGCGAUUGAUGAAAUAA